GGACGACGCCGACUUCCGGUAGCGGUUGCUGAGUGAGCUUUCCCGGUGGGCGGCCCGUGACUCACAGACAGAGGGAGAGGGAGAGAGUAUUCCCCGUGAGCCCAGGCAGGCCGGGCCGGGACCGGGGUCUCUGUCCGGGAGCCCGGCUUCCCCCCCCCCACCACAGGGGGACUGAAGUGUCUUUGCCGCCUCCCCCGGUAUGGAUCCCCUGGGGGCCCGCUCCCCCAUCGUCGACAUUCAGACUUUACCGUGUUGGGCUCACCGCCCGGAGCCGCUGCUGGAGACUGGGCUCAGCCGUGAGCUGCAGCCGGACACCUCCAUCUCCUCGCCUUUCCCCUACAGGAAAGACAUUAACAACAAAGUUAUUCUGUGGAAGGGAGAUGUGACCUUGCUGAGUUGCACAGCCAUUGUGAACACAAGUAAUGAAGCACUGUCUGACAAAAAUGCUAUUAGUGAAAGUAUCCACUUACACGCAGGACUAGAACUCAAGGAUGAGUUACAGAAGUUGAAAGGUUGCCGCACGGGAGAGGCGAAGAUGACCAAAGGCUUUAACUUGGCUGCAAGGUUUAUUAUCCAUACAGUUGGACCACGAUACAAUGCGAAGUACAGAACAGCUGCUGAGAGCUCCUUAUAUAGCUGCUACAGGAGUGUACUUCUAUUAGCCAGGGAGCAUUCAAUGUCCUCAAUUGGAUUAUGUGUCAUUAAUACACCAAAAAGAGGCUACCCUUUGGAGGAUGCGACCAAUAUUGCUUUGAGAACAGUUAGACGAUUUUUGGAGAAACAUGGAGACACUAUUGAGACUGUUGUUUUUGCAGUUACAGAUUUAGAAGAGGCUACAUAUUUAAAGUUGAUGCCUCUUUAUUUUCCACGGUCUUUGGAGGAAGAGAGGAGAUCACUACCGUUCCUCCCUGCCGAUGUAGGAAAUGCUGAAGGAGAGCCGGUCAUUGCAGAGCGACAGAUCCGUAUAUUGGACAAACCAGGCAUUCCUCUUUAUGAAGAUGAAUCUGAUGAGGAACACCUUGAGCUAGAGUAUAUUGGAACACAUGCAUUUGCUAAGAUGGAAGGAGAUAUUGAUAAACAGAGGCGGCUGAUACUUCAAGGGCAAAUGUCUGAAGCAGCCGUUCAAAAAGCACAUCAGCGCAACUAUAACCGUUGGUUGUGCAGAGCAAGAGCAGAUGACCUGUCAGGUGUUGCUUCGUUGAAAGCAUUAUAUCAAACUGGAUAUGAUAAAUGUGGACGUACAGUGGUGGUGAUAGUAGGAAGGAAUAUUCCUGUAACUCUAAUAGAACCCGAUAAGGCACUACUGUAUUUUAUUCAUAUUAUGGACCACAUUGCUGCAAGGGAGUUUGUCAUGGUGUAUUUUCAUACUUUGACCAGUGAACACAAUCAUCCUGACUCGGAAUUCAUCAAGAAAUUGUACGAUAUUGUUGAUGUAAAGUACAAGAAAAAUAUGAAGGCAUUUUACUUUGUGCAUCCAACAUUUCGGUCUAAGGUGAUGACCUGGAUGUUCACAACCUUUUCUGUCUCUGGGUUAAAGGACAAAGUUCAUCAUGUUGAGAGCCUACCUCAGUUGUUUACGCUUAUUUCCCCAGAGCAGAUUGAUAUUCCACCUUUCGUAUUGGAGUAUGAUGCCAGGAUAAAUGGACCUUACCAAUAUUCAUGCCCAUCCUCUCCUGACCUAUGAAAAUCAGCAUGCUAUUGGUUUCUACAUACAGUUCGUAUCAGGAAUUGGAUGUUCUAAAUGAAUGUUGAUAUUCAGGAGGCCUUUUUUCCUCCAAAUUUUUGGAAUUUUUUUAGAGCAACAAUCAACUUGAGGCAAAACGAAAUGGGACAGCAGCUGUUGCCUUAAGAAUGCAAAUAUUUUCCUAUUUUUGUUUAAGAAUGAUUUUUAAGAUCACUUGUUUUGAAUUCUAAUAACAUUAUUGAUUCCACUGUCUAAAGGUUGUCAACUUAAUCAAAACUCUGGAAGAGUAUGGUGCAGGCUUAAUGGUGUUCUGAAGGCUUCUAUAGUGAACUUAUGCUUUUUAUUACUUUUAAAAAUAAAUUGUGUCUAAUGUUGUAAACUAUAAAAUAAAACUUUCUGUAGAACACUUAUCUGCAGAGUGCAGGAUAAAUAAUAUUAUUUUGACAUUUCAUUAUGAUGAAGGAUAUUAUUAAAUCAGUUUUUAGUGUAGAUGAUUACAUGUCAUACUUUAUUCUUGUUGUUAAUUCAUUGGAAGGUUAUCAUAAAACUUAAAACAACCACAUCAAACUGUGCCCGAAUUUAAAAGGAAAUGAAAUGAGCUGAUCUGUAACCAGAAUAGUCUCUGGUACACUCAGUUUUAACGUAAACGAUUAAAGCUAAAGUGAACAAAGAUGGUUCUGCAAAAUUCAGGUCAGCAAUUGGCUGUAUUUCAACUUCAAUUCGGUAAAGCAAUCUUCCAUUUUAUCCUCUUCCUCAUGUUCACAGCUGCAGGUAAGCAGAUAGGCACACAAGUGCAACAAUUACUUUGCCUUUGUUAAGCAUAUCGCAAAAGCAAUUACUCAACUUUGAGAAACACAUUAAUACACUGGAUAAAUAAAAGGCAAGACAUAACUUUAGGCAAUUUUUUAAAAAAAAAUUUCACGAGUAGGAAAGUCUCAUGUAUACUUAGUCAUUCUUGCUCAAAACAGUUAAUCUAGUGUACGAUGGUCUUUAUUUGAUGGUGUGUUUUGACUUUUUUUAUGGAUUGUGUUUCCCAGACAGAAUUCAUAAUUAAAAUUGUAUUGAAUAAUUUUAGCUUGCAACAAAAUUUUAAUUGUCACUUAACACCUUUUUUUUAUUGUAUUGUCUUUGCUUUGUCUUUGUCAAGAUAGUCACUUUUUAAUAGUUUUUUAACGUGGCAUUUAAAUCUUUGAUCUUACUGAUUAUUGAACUGCCGUUGCAGUUUACCUUCCUUCAAAUGCAGUGCACAAUUAUUUUUUCUUGUAGAAUGCCUCAGGUACAGGUGUCUCCCAUAUCCACGGGUGAUACUUUCCAAGACCUAUCACGGAUGGUAGCGAACCCUAUCAUUUAAAUGGGAAACUUAUCUCCCUGACAGCCCCCUGGAAUUAUUUCUGGAAUGUUCCAUGUAAUAUUUUCGGGCCGUGUAAACCGCGGAUAACUGAAACCACAGAAAUCACAUCUACGGAUAUGGGGGUUCUACUGUAUUUAUUCUUCAGGAGUUUAGUGACCAUAACGCAAAAUCGUAUGCUGCAUAGUUAUUCCAUUUAAAUUGUUUCCUGGUUUUUAAGCUUAAAGUUAAGUGCUCAAUACCAGGUUUGACUUCAGCCCUGGGAUGAAAGUCCAUUCCACACCUUUUCAGGUGACUACUGGGCAGAGCUUAGUUGCAUAAAAUAAAUUUGGUACUUGUAUUGGAGCUUAGUUUAUCAUAUUGCUCAGAACAAAGAUGGUUCUGCAAGUUUGAGUGGUUCAACAAAAGCCUCAAAGACAAUUAGGUGUAGGAGACAUUGUUUCUAUGACCGGGGAUUUUUUUUUUUGUCUGAGAUUUGGAAAAAAACUCAAAAAUAAUGUCUUGUUGUUUGGAGGAUUAAAAAUGGUGUUAUUCCAAUCACAGUUUAUCCCAUUUAUGUUGUAAAUAUUCUUUGUUUACACUACAGCUGUAAAUGCAUAUGUAAAAUUAGUGAACCAUUGUCAAUUAAGAACUUUAUUAUAUCGUUUGUAUAUUGAAUACUUUAACUUUGACAUGUAAUUGUAAUAUAAUUUCCACAUGGUUAUUUUUGAAUUGUACAUUUAUGAUUUCACCUUAAACUUCAAAUAAGCUUCUCUGAGCUGAAGCAGUUUGAAAUUGAGGGCCUUAUUCCUUUCUUUAACAUAAUAGUAGUUUGUUCUUCUGGGUUGGAAAAUGAAUUGUGUGUUACUCUGAAGUUGUGAUUCAUCAUUUUCAUUGAAGAACAUAAAACAUGCCAACGAAUGUGAUUUUGCAUAAUGGCCAGUAUCAACUUCUCCAUUAAGUGGGAUUCAUCCUGCCUGUAUGGACAAGAGCUUUUAAAAAUAAAGUCCCUUGUCAGCUCUGA